AUGUAUCCAGCACAAUCGCUGCAAAAGAAACGACCUCCAAACCCGUCGUCAACACCCAAAGCAAAACGAAUCGCUACUGAGUUGGCUGGGAAGAAACAUCCAUCAUCGCCGUUGCCUACUGACGACAAGUCGCCGCUUCAGGAUGCAGUAUCUCCAGAGACGUCAGCUAGGCAAGACACAGCAGAAGAAGAACAGAGUAAAGGUGAAGAUGAGAUACCUGAAGAGGUAUCCCUCUUUGUCACUGAUAAUGAGUCUACUGUCGUGGACUCUGCCAGCAUGGACACUGGGGAGUCGAGCAUCUCUCCAUCGCCGUCUGAUUCCUAUGUACCACCACCCACGAAAUCAAGGAUACGGAUCUGCCGCUCGGUGACGCUCCUCCUCUCUCCACGGUCGAGCUACGAACCUUUCGAGCCCCCCGCACAAGAGAUCAGCGAAGCAGAGUAUCUGAUUAAACUGAGGCUCCAGGUGAGCUCGAAGACCAAGGUUGCACGACUUCGUGACUUUGUCGUGUAUUGUGACCAUGUCAAAUACCCCAUGGAGAUGAAAGCUCUGAACAAAAUCGACUCUCGGGCUUGUGGUGUGCUUUACUUUGACGGCAUUGCUGCGGUUGGGGAUUCGGAGUACUUUCUGAGACGGGUGCCUAUUGGAAGGGUACGGAUUGAUCCAUUGGGGCCAGAUGCGUCCAAGGCAGCAGACAGUCUAUACUUGUACUCUCAAGAGUCCGGAUAUAAAUCGACUGUAUAUCAUCUUGGAUCCCCGGCCAAAGAAUACCAGAGGUUCUACGAGCCGUUUGUUUGGCUGGCGCAGCUGUCAAGAUACUUUGUGUCCUUUCUCCAGCAGACCGCUGGUGAAAUAUCGCUCAACAGCUUUCGAUUGCGGUUCUAUGAUUGGAUUAAGAAUAAAUACUGCGAUCCAGAUACAGAAUUAUGGUUGAGGCAACAUCCGAGCCGUGACUUUCGUACCUCGAUCGCAUCUCACCGAGAUUUAUUGGUACAACAGGUUACCGCACAUCUGGGAGAUGACUAG